AUGGCCUCUCCUUGUAAGAAUCUCGAUGUUGACGCAACAAUUACAAGCGAUCAUGUCGACGACGGACGCAAUGACCGCAUGAGCGACAUGUCAGCCGAGAUAUACCAAAACAGCGGCGCCAUACUACGAAUGCCCUUUACCGGCAGCACCAGAAGCAGUCUCGGCUGCAGCGGCAACGAAUUCAGCAUUUCCGAUUCUCGUUCGUUAGACGAGCUUCCCUCUGACGUACUCCUUAUAGUCUUCUCCUUCUUUUCCCGCGAAACCCUCGCGACCGCCGCUCUUGUUAGCCGGAAAUGGCGCCACUUGGCAAGCACUGAUUCGCUGUCGGAGGACCUGCUGCGGUCUGAAGAUCCCGAGGGAUGGCCGAUGGUGGUGUUCGCUGAAACACAGCUGAGGCUCGGCCGAGGCAGCAGCCUAGGCAGCAAAAUGCCAAACGCACCAACCCCACGGAACACCCUACACCUGCUCUGUUGCUCCUCGUGUGCCAUUGCCCCUCCCGUCCCCACACUCCUCCGUGCACCCAGCAGGCCAAAUGGCGGCGAAACCCUGGGCAGAGCCUCGGGAAAGAUGAGGUGCCAGGAGCGGCAGCAGAUGGUGCAGAGGCAGUGCGGCGGCAGCAGGAGUGCUAACGGCCUGCCGUGGAGUGCCAUCUACCGCCUGCGCGCCCAGCUGCCGCCUGCUGUCGUUGUCGACGGGGGGUCGGGGUACUGCAAGUUCGGAAUGAGCAGCGAGGCAGCGCCAUCAGGACGCAUCGCCACCUUUCUGGAGUUUGGAAACAUCGAGGCACCUUCCCUUGGCCGCCUGCGAGCCCUCUUUUCCUCCAUCUAUGCCAGCAUGCGAGCCAUUCCCGCCAACCACCCUGUAGUCGUCUCCGAACCUCUCGCCUUCCUGCCAGAGACGCAUGAGGCGCAGGAGGGCAGGCGGAACCUGAGGGAGGCGACAUGUGCCGUGCUCUUCAGUGCCCUGCGCGUGCCCUCCAUCUGCCUCGUUGACCAGGCCACCCUGGCCCUGUUUGCAGCGGGGGCAGCAUCAGGCGUGGUGGUGAACAUUGGUUUCCGCAGCACCACGAUACUGCCCAUCAUGCGCGGCCGCACUGCAUGCGACCUGCUGCCCUUCUACUGCCUGCCGCUGGGCGCCAUGCGAGUCACGGGCCACCUCAGCCAGUUACUGCACGAGGCGGGGAUUGUGUGUCAGUCCAUGUUCACUGUGCGCACCAUCAAGGAGGUCAGUGUUGUAUCAAUCGCCUUGUAUCAAUCACCUUUUGCUGCCUGCCGCUGGGUGCCAUGUUUACCGUGCGUGUGCACCAUCAAAGAGGUGCGUGGCCUGGGUAUGUUACUAAAGGCGCCUAUCUAG